UUAAACGAGGACAUUGCAUUUACAUGGCGGCAAUGUUGUUACAGGAGCCAGUUAUACAGACCGCUAUAUGGGAUGCGCUAAAUAACUACUGUUACAAAGAUGCAACCUUCUUGGCAGAAAGGCUUGUGGCAGAAGUCAAAACAUCGGACGAAGCCCUGUUUUUACUGGCCACAUGUUACUACAGAAUGGGAAAAUCCAUACAGGCCUAUAUGUUACUUCAGAAGCGUGGUUGUCCUACCCCACAAUGUAAAUACCUCCUAGCCCGGUGCUGUGUCGACCUUAACAAAUUAUCCGAAGCAGAAGAGGUGCUAGUUGGCAGUAUAUUCCAAAGUAAAACCAAAUCCUGUGAUGAGCUGGAGGCCGAGUUCAGUGGAAUCGCCUGUCAUGUGUUCUCCUUAUUAGGGCAUAUUUACAGCAAAACCGAACGUCAGCAGAAAGCAAUUGAAUGUUACAAGAAAAGUCUCAAGCUGAACCCUCUCAUGUGGUCCUCUUUUGAACAGCUUUGUGAAUUAGGUGAUAAGACGGAGCCAUGUCAGGUAUUUAAGGCACCGCCCCACUCCCAAAUUACACCAGUACCUCAAGUGGUCAAACACAUGUGCAGUCCGAACUGGGGACGUCUGGACAUGAUGGAAUUCCUGAAAACUCCGGACACUCUUCAGCAACACACGCUCUGCGAGUCCAAGAGCCAGCAGACACCGUUCCAGGGACAAGGAACACCAUUUACACCAAGUUUUGCGAAUCAGGACUCUCCGUCUCAACUCAUGUUUGUCACUCCGUCUCCGGCACUGACAGAUAGCAACACGCUGGAAAGUCGGGCACCCAGUAAAAAGCCUGUGACACGGAGAAGUCAGCAGACAGGAAUACAGAAUAAUCCUCCAGUGGUACGAAAACGCACCGUCAAGGAAAACAAAAGUCCUAGAGGUACAGGAAGAAAUCCAAAGAAAAAUAUUGUGUCGGGACUUGGUCUGGGGAAGACCGAUUUGACGAGUGAUACCGGCACAAAACCUCUUCAGUCAGACACACCAUCACAAACACAGAUUCUCCAGAUACAGCAUCAGUCACUGUGUGGAAUGCUGAACCUGUUACAGAGUAUGGGGCGGGCAUACCAGGCCUUAAGUCAGUACGACUGUCGGAAGGCCAUCGAAUGCUUUCAGGACCUGCCCCUCCACCAUUACAACACCGGCUAUGUCCUGUGUAAAGUGGGACGGGCCUACUUCGAGCUUGCCCAGUAUCAAAAGGCUGAGCGUGUCUUCUCUGAAGUGCGAUCACUGGAACCCCAUCAUCUGGACGGCCUUGAAAUACACAGUACUACCUUAUGGCAUUUACAGAAGGAUGUAGAGUUAUCUACCCUUGCUCAAGAACUCUCCGAUAUGGAUAAAUCUGCUCCACAGGCAUGGUGUGCCAUGGGGAACUGUUUCAGUCUUCAGCGGGAACAUGACACCGCCAUCAAAUUCUUUCAGCGGGCAAUACAGGUUGACCCCAGCUUCGCCUAUGCCUACACCUUAUUGGGCCAUGAAUAUGUGUUCACAGAGGAGCUCGACAAGGCCAUGUCAUGUUUCCGCAACGCAAUACGGGUCAACCCACGUCAUUACAAUGCAUGGUACGGUGUUGGCAUGAUCUACUUCAAGCAGGAGAAAUUUACACUGGCGGAGGUUCACUACCGGAAAGCUCUUCUUAUCAACCCUCAAAGUCCAGCGCUUCUCUGUCAUAUAGGAGUGGUACAGCAUUCCCAACAGAAGUCAGAGAGUGCCCUCGUCACCCUCAAUAAAGCCAUAGAGACAGACCCUACCAAUCCACUAUGUAAAUUCCACCGGGCGUCCAUCUUAUUCGCCAGUGAACGACAUAAAGAAGCCCUGCAGGAGCUAGAGGAGCUAAAACAAAUUGUUCCCAAAGAAUCUCUAGUUUAUUUCUUAAUAGGCAAGGUACACAAGAAGCUAGGUAAUUCUGAUUUAGCACUAAUGAAUUUUUCCUGGGCCAUGGACCUAGAUCCGAAAGGAAUCAACAAUCAUGAAACAGGGCCUGACUGAGGAGUACAGGUAGAGCUAGUCACAGAUACCUGACCAGCACCCCAAACCUGACCAGACAGAUGCUGGAUAUUCUGGUAUCUCGUCAGUAGAACUCUCCCUUCAGUAGGAUCAGUAGGUCUGGGAACCUGUCCCAGACACCCACGUACUGUUGGCUGUUUGGACGCGGCUGGUCCAAGUUUUAUGGAGAGACACUAUGAUACCAUUGCCAAAUGUUUUAUCAUUGUUAUUAAUGAGGUGUGAGAGGUUUUAGUGUGAAAAUGGAAGUCCUAAAUAUUCUUAACUGUCAGUAUGUGAAGUGUGUAGAUCUGUGAUGUGAGCAGGGUGCCAUGUGGAGGUUAUGUGACACGAGUGUAGCAUGCCAUCUGGAAGUCAUGUGAUGAGUGGUGUGUCAUGUGGAGGUCAUGUGAUGAGUGAUGUGGCAUGGAGGUCAUGUGACAAUGGCAUAUCAUGCCAUGUUGAGGCCACGCAACAAAUGUAGCAUCCAAUGUGAAGGUCAUGUGACAGGUGUGGCAUAUCAUGUGAAGGUCAUGUGACAAGCGUGAUGUGUCAUGUGGAUGUCAUGUGACAAUUGUGUGGCAUGUCAUGUGAUAUACAGUAGUAAGUUGUAUGAUGAAUGGUCAGAUUUAUAUAUUCAAUCAAAAUAAAUAUCAAAUAAAUUUUAAAAACCUUGAUAUAGUUUCAGACCAUUGUGCAUCUAUAGCCUGUAAAUCGGUAAAGAUAUGCCAGUAUUCAGAAAUGUAUUGUAUGUGGAUAGCUUACAAGAUGUCAUAGCAACACAAUUCAGAUUGUAAAUUAAUGUAUGGUAUGUUUUAUUAGAUUUGAAAAUAUUCUCACUGCAUCUUCAGGUGAGAUUCAGCAGCUUCAUCCACUUAACUGCUAACCAUUUAAUACGUUGCUGCCAGAUUUCAUGAUCUUAGUCAAAUUGGAGUCAGGCUGGAUUCAUCCAAUACUUCUGUUUACAAUUUCAAAAUUUCAAAGUUAUUGUUACAAAAAUCAAAAUAGAAUUUAAAUCUCCCAUAGCUCAUUAUCCUACUAGAGUAAGACUUAAUCUUGAUCUCUGAUAACUUGAAGACUGCUUAACUGGAAUUUAACAUUAAGUUCCAACUGUAAAAAUUCUAUAGAAAGUACCGGUAAUGUUAGAUAUACUCAAUUACAGUAAAUACUCUAAUAUCACAAAGUGUUUUCACGACUGCACUGACUUUAACGAGAACUUGCUGUGCAGAUGAUUGACAGUUAGUGGAUUAAUUUGAAUGCUAUCAUAAUGACUAUUAAGUUAGUCGGUCAAGGUCAUUUAUCUGAACUAUCAAGGUUGUUGGUCUUGUUAAAAUAUUCGGGCAUCUACCACUGAGGUGGCAUAGUUAUUGUCUACACCCGGUGUUUAACCAGUAACUUACGUGUGACACUCGAUAUUUAGCGAGUAACUUACUUUUGUAAUGGGCAUUCAGAUUUGUCUGAUUCAAUGACCUUGACCUUUCUGACUUUUUUAGUAUUAAAAUCAGUGUAUUACUGAAGGUUGAACAUUGUGCUGUCUUUAACUGCAAAAUUGGCUGCAUUAGUUUUACUUGCAUCAUACAAUAGUGAUAAUUAUGAAACAAUAGAUUAUCUGUUAGUCGGAUACAUACACUUUUAAGCAUUUGACCUUGACCUACAUUCAAGAUCAUAAAAAUGUAGAAGAAAUAUUCAAGACACAAAUCUAUCGGGGCCAAAGUUUUCAAAACAAGAUUAGGCUAAUAGCAGUAUAUAGUUAAAAUCCUGAUAAAAUCAUUUCUAGUAAAACCUUGGACAACAUUUUAUGAAACCCUGUAGCAUUUGCCAGUCUGUUCCUGCCUGCAUAUUUAAGGAAUUUAAAUACACAUGUAUGUCGAAGUAAAGGAGAAAUGAGCUUUUCACUAAUCAAAGUGAUUAUAAGUUAAUCACCUUUUGAACAAUUAGGCCCUGGUGUACAAAACCAUAUUAGUACACAUUGCUAACAUCAUGUUAUGAAAUUGACAGAUUCGACCUUCAAUCAUGUUGAAGGUCACAUAUCCUAGAUGCACUUUCACUUGAGUGAUACAGGCCCAUGAGACCUCUUAUCAGAUGCACCCUAUACACCCAUGUAGCAGCAAACUAUAUUUAUAUACCGGCACGGUAAAUGUGAUUGUUAUACGUGAUUCUCCAUGUUAUGUUUAUACCUGUUAGUGUCUGGGGGCAUUACACCUGAUUAAGAUGAUGGAGGCGUGAACUUCUUUGUUUGUUGGGAGGGAGGCCUGUCCAUCCCUCCACACAUUGACUUGUCCAGGCUUCAUAUAGCAUACACUACUUGUCACUAGAACUUCAUUCUGAUCUAUAUUAUGACCUUUGACCUCCAGUGGUGAACUGUAAUUCACCAGAUUGUGUUGUGUUAGGGUAAUCUUAUAUCAGAGCCAGUAAUGCAAGCAUCACUGCACUAGUUUAUCAAGUUGAUGUAGUUACUUCUAGUAAGAAAGACAUUUAGUCCAGUAUAUUAUAUAAAUCUCACAAAAACUUGAUUCAGUUAAAAAGACGUUUACUUAUAGCCAGAAAAGAACCACGUUUCACUAUUAAAGUCUGUCAGAAAAGAACCGAAUUUUCACUAUUCAAGUCUUUUCCAGAAAUGAACCAUGUUUUAACUAUUAAAGUCUUUUCUAGAAAAGAACCAUGUUUUUCACUUAAAAUGUCUAUUCUAGAAAAGAGCACUAAUGCGCAAUUCUUUAUUGUGCAGAUAUGUCCACUGAAAGUGGUUACCGUGCAUGUCCAUUUAUAACUCUUUUGUGUGUGUGUGUGUAUGUGUACACAAGGGAGGAUACAUCGUUAUAUUGGACCUGUGUGCAUACAUGUGUAGUUAUUUAUUGGUGAGAGUGUCAGAUAUGCAACAUUCUGAUGGAAAUAAAAAAAAAGUUAGCUACA